AUGGCGCGCAAGGGUCCCGGCGAUACCACCCCUACUGUCCACUCCAUGGACGACUCGGAGCGCAAGGCCCUCAUUGACCCCGAGGACCGCACGCCGGAUGUCGACCAGGUGGAGGAAGGCUUCAAGUCCGCGCCAGCCCCGCGGGGCAGGCGCAACUGCGCGGUCUUCAGCGCGCUGUUCCUCUCGGUGCUGCUGAUGACCGUCGCGUUGCCUUACCGCCGGUUUUUCAUUGACGACUGCGAUGCGCACACGCGCAAGGCGAUGUUGGCCGCGGGCGGGCUGCGGAGCAAUGGGACGCACGAGUUUAGGAAAACGGCGCUGAUUGUGUCCAUUGACGGCCUGAGGGCGGACUAUCUGGACCGCGGACUGACGCCGCACCUGCUAGCCAUCAGCAAGGAUGGACUUCGUUCGAAGUCAAUGAAGCCCGUAUUUCCGACUUUAACUUUCCCUAACCAUUGGGCAUUAAUGACCGGUCUGUAUGCCGAAUCGCACGGCAUUGUGGGCAAUAACUUCUGGGAUCCUGCGACGGGCGAGGAAUUUCACUACAAUCGCGUUGAGUCCACCUGGGUGUCGCGCUGGUGGAACGGCGAGCCUAUGUGGGAGACAGCGGAGAAAGCCGGUAUCAUCACUGCGAACCUCAUGUGGCCGGGACCUCCCAAGACGAUUCGGGGAGUUGAGCCAACUUAUUUUGUGCCGUGGAAAGACAAGGUCGCCCUUGAGGACAAGUUGGAUCAGAUCCUUUCGUGGAUCGAUCUCCCGCUUGAGAGGCGUCCUCAGCUUAUCACCGUGUACGAGCCUUCUCUGGACCAAGCCGGUCAUAAGUACGGACCUGGGUCUACGCAAGUUGACAAAGUCCUCAAGCAAGUGGACGUCUUCGCCAAGGACAUCCACGACCAGCUCGAGGCGCGCAAUCUUACCGACAUCGUCGACAUCGUCUUCGUCAGCGACCACGGGAUGACAGACACGAGCCACCCUGAGUUCAUCUUUGUCGACGACAUCCUCGGCGAAGGCUGGGCACACAUCACGCACGAGGACGGCUGGCCCGCUAUGGGCUUCCGUUUCGACACUCCCGAGAACGCGGACAAGUACUACCGCGUGCUCCAGAACGCGUCCGAGCUGAGCGGCGGCAAGUUCAGCGUCUACACCCACGACACAAUGCCGGAGCGCUGGCACUUUGUGCAGAACGAGCGGAUCGCCCCCGUCUAUGUCGUCCCGCAGAUUGAGUACGCGCUUACGAACCGCAUCGAGAACGGCGCAGGGUUGAGCAAGGGGAACCACGGGUACGACAACGAGUAUAAGGAGAUGCACGCAAUGUUCGUCGCGCAUGGGCCGUUCGCCGCGGUCGUCAAGGCCGUGGAGGCAGACCGCGCGAACGCAACGGCAGCCGCGACGGGCACGCUCCCGCGUCCGAACAAGGGUUGGCACUCGACCUCGGACGAUGCAUACGUGAUGGAGACGUUUGAGAACGUGGAGGUGUACAACCUCAUGAUGAAGCUGAUCGGGAUUGAGGACCACGCGGCGCCCACGAACGGGACGAAGGGGUUCUGGGACCAGUACUUUUGA